CAUUCUCACAUUCACACAAAAGAUAUCUCAACAUUAUCACUCUUCUUCAUACCCAAACUAAAAACAGCCAAUAACACUUUCUACUAUUUGUCAAUUUCCUCAUUCAAAGAUAACAUUCACAUCUCCUAAAUUUCAAUAAAUAAACAAAGCCCUAAUAUUCACUUGCUAUCUUACUCUCAGCUCAGUUAUACAUAUAUAAAAUUAAAAAGGUUCAAAAUGUGGAUGAUGGGUUACAAUGAAGGAGGUGCAGAUUCCUUCAACGGAGGAAGAAAGCUUCGUCCUCUCAUCCCACGCCUCUCUUCUUGCCCCACGGCCGCCGCAAACACCAACGCCGACCACCGCUUUAAUAUGGCAGUGGUGACGACAAUGACGGCGGAGCAGAACAAGAGGGAGCUGAUGAUGCUAAACUCAGAGCCUCCACCAGUAAUGGUGAGCUCACGGUGGAAUCCGACACCUGAUCAGUUAAGGGCUCUUGAAGAACUUUACCAACAAGGUACAAGAACUCCUUCGGCCGACCAUAUCCAACAAAUCACCUCGCAGUUACGACGGUACGGGAAGAUCGAAGGCAAAAACGUUUUCUAUUGGUUCCAAAACCACAAAGCCCGCGAACGCCAGAAGCGUCGACGACAGAUGGAAAAUGGCCACGAUGAAUCAGUCUUUACGACAACGAGUCUUGUCUCAAACCAAGGAUUCGACAAGAAAGAUUCAAAAGGUUACAAGGUUGAACAGACCAAGAACUGGAUAUGUUCGGUCGGAUGCGACACACAACCAGAGAAAAACCAUCAUCAUGAGGAAGAGCCUGACUCGAUAGCGAUGGUAGCAACGAAACGCAAUGGUCGUCAUGGAGGAGACGAAAUACAGAGCUUUCCUAGGAGAAACGCCAUGUGGCAGAUGAUGCAGCUGCCACCUGGACUCUACCCUUCUUCACAACAUCAUCAUCAACUCAAUCUCACCACUACAGUUUCGUCAAACAUGUCCACUAGAAACAGUACUGUUUCUGCUGCUAAAGAUACGGUCACAUUUUCACCUUUAUUUCUGAGGUCAAGAGCAGCAAGGAACACAGAGACUUGUGAUGAUAAUAAAGAUCAAGAACAACAUGAAGAUUGCUUGAACGGUGAACUGGAUCAUCAAGAGCAGACACUAGAGCUGUUUCCAUUGAGAAAAGAAGGGUUUUGUAGCAAUGGUGGCGAUGGUGGGAAAGAGAAAGAGGGUGGCAUUCACUGCUUCUAUGAGUUUCUUCCAUUGAAGAACUAGUACUACUUAAUUUUUUUUCAAGGUGUGAGGGCAGGCGCGUCUUUAUGGUUUUGACGUUAACAUUCAUAAGCGUUUGCCUUAAAAUUCACUUUGGACCACUUUCUUUGAAUGCUAAACUACCCAAACAAAACUUAAAUAAAACAUACAGACAUUCGAUUCGCCCA